AUGAUCCGUUGGACCCUUCUUGCUCCUGUCCUGCUCCUGCUGGGCCUGUUCAUCCACAGUGCUCUGAGUCAAGAGGCUGAGGACCCAACAGCAGCAGCACCACCACCGGGCCAGGCCACUGAUGGCACGCAGGCGGAGGCCGAGAGCGAGGACUGGGGAUUAAACUCCCUCAGAGGCGGCUUUGAGUCAGUCGGCGGCUACUUUGACUCCGUGCUGGAGUUCAUGGGCGGACGUGAUGGAGUGUGCCAAUACCGCUGUCGAUAUGGUAAGGCUCCUCUUCCUCGUCCUGGCUACGAGAUGCCACAACCUAAUGGGUGUAGCUCCUACUUCUUUGGUCUUCCUGUUCCAGAAGGGAUGGACAUGGGCAUCCCUGCCAUGACCAAAUGUUGCAAUCAGCUGGACAUGUGUUACGACACCUGCGGCUCCAACAAGUACCGCUGCGACUCCAAGUUCCGCUGGUGCCUCCACAGCAUCUGCUCUGACCUCAAGAAGAGCCUUGGCUUUGUGUCAAAAGUAGAAGCAUGUGAAACGGUAGCAGACACCUUGUUCAACACGGUGUGGACUCUGGGCUGCAGGCCCUACAUGAACAGCCAGAGAGCAGCUUGCUACUGUCAAGGAGAGGAGAGAGAUGAACUUUAGAUUGAGAUAUGAACCACUCUAGACAACUCCACAACUAGAGCAACAUAUCAGAUGAUGGUGCUCUGAGUUACGGUGUUGCAAAGACUGCGGUGUGACUACUUGAGUAAUUUAUUUGGAAGUUCUUCUUCUGGUAUUGUUCAUAAAGUCAUUAUUUUAUUUUGCAACUAAAUUUGGAUGCUAAAUGAACUUUUAAAUUGUUUAAGCUGCAAGCCAAAACUGCAUGUUUGUCUGUCGGAGUGCAUAAAUGCUGCCUGUAGUGCCGAUAUUAGCCCCAAUAGUUAGCAAUGGUAUGUGAUUUGGAAAAGGAAACAUAUCUGUGGUGUGAACUCCACUUUACAAUGCAUAGAUA